UUUAAACUUAAAGGCGGGGCGACCCGUGCUCUCGGAAACCCAGAAGGUAGAGCGUCUGGGCCAGUUCUCGGGGGUCUAACCGAGCAGGAUGGCGGAGGAAGGGGCUGUGGCGGUCUGCGUGCGGGUCCGGCCGCUCAACAACAGAGAAGAAGCUCUUGGAGGAGAUACCCAAGUUUACUGGAAAACUGACAAUAAUGCUAUUUAUCAAGUUGAUGGCAGUAAAUCCUUCAAUUUUGAUCGUGUCUUUCACAGUAAUGAAACUACUAAAAAUGUGUAUGAAGAAAUAGCAGUACCAAUCAUAGAUUCUGCCAUACAAGGCUACAAUGGUACCAUAUUUGCCUAUGGUCAGACUGCUUCAGGAAAAACAUAUACCAUGAUGGGUUCAGAAGAUUAUUUGGGAGUAAUACCCAGAGCAAUUCAUGACAUUUUCCAAAAAAUUAAAAAGUUUCCUGACAGGGAGUUUCUCUUACGUGUAUCUUACAUGGAGAUAUACAACGAAACCAUUACAGACUUACUCUGUGACACUCAGAAAAUGAAGCCUUUAAUAAUUCGGGAAGACUUCAAUAGGAAUGUGUAUGUGGCUGAUCUCACAGAAGAAGUUGUUUACACAUCAGAAAUGGCUUUGAAGUGGAUCACAAAAGGAGAAAAGAACAGACAUUAUGGAAUUACAAAAAUGAAUCAAAGAAGCAGUCGCUCCCAUACCAUUUUUAGGAUGAUUUUGGAAAGUAGAGAGAAAGGGGAACCUUCCAAUUGUGAUGGAUCUGUCAAAGUGUCCCAUUUGAAUUUGGUUGACCUUGCAGGCAGUGAAAGAGCUGCUCAAACAGGCGCUGAAGGUGUGCGACUCAAGGAAGGCUGUAAUAUAAAUAGAAGUUUAUUUAUUUUGGGACAAGUGAUCAAGAAACUUAGUGAUGGACAAGUUGGCGGUUUCAUAAAUUAUCGAGAUAGUAAAUUAACACGAAUUCUCCAGAAUUCCUUGGGAGGAAAUGCAAAGACACGUAUUAUCUGCACAAUUACUCCAGUGUCUUUUGAUGAAACCCUUUCUACUCUACAGUUUGCCAGCACUGCCAAAUAUAUGAAGAAUACUCCUUAUGUUAAUGAGGUAUCAAGUGAUGAAGCUCUCCUGAAAAGAUAUAGAAAAGAAAUAAUGGAUCUUAAGAAACAGUUAGAGGAGGUUUCUUUAGAGACUCGGGCCCAGGCCAUGGAAAAAGACCAGUUGGCCCAACUUCUAGAAGAAAAAGAUUUGCUUCAAAAAGUACAGAUUGAGAAAAUUCAGAACUUAACACGGAUGCUGGUAACCUCUUCUUCCCUCACAUCACAACAGGAGUUAAAGGCUAAAAGAAAACGAAGAGUCACUUGGUGCCUUGGUAAAAUUAACAAAAUGAAAGACUCAAAUUAUAUAAAUGAAUUUAAUAUGUCAAUAAAUGUAACAAAAACACGUAAGGCGGCUGUAAACGUAGUGGGGGAAAUUGAUGAAUCUUUCUGCUCAGAGUCUGAUAUUUUCAGUAAUACUUUUGAUACAUUAAAUGAGACAGAGUGGAAUCCGGCAACAAAGCUACUAAGUCAGGAAAACUUAGAAAGUGAGCUGAAUUCACUUCGUGCCAACUAUGAUAAUCUGGUAUUGGACUAUGAACAACUAAGACGAGAAAAUGAAGAAAUGGAAUUGAAAUUAAAAGAAAAGAAUGAUUUGGAUGAAUUUGAGGCCCUUGAAAGAAAAGCAGAGAAAGAUCAGGAGAUGCAACUAAUUCAUGAAAUUUCCAACUUAAAGAAUUUAGUUAAGCAUGCAGAAGUGUAUAAUCAAGAUCUUGAGAAUGAACUAAGCUCAAAAGUAGAGCUGCUUAGAGAAAAGGAAGACCAGAUUAAGAAGCUACAGAAAUACAUAGACUCUCAGAAGUCAGAAGAUAUGAAAAUGGACUUGUCGUACUCAUCGGAAAUCACUGAAGACCUAAGACAAAUGAAACAGACUUUGCUUGAUGCUGAAACUGUAGCCCUUGACGCCAAGAAAGAAUCAGCCUUUCUUAGAAGUGAAAAUCUGGAGUUGAAAGAGAAAAUGAAAGAACUUACAAGUACAUACAAGCAAAUGGAAAAUGAUAUUCAGUUAUACCAAAGUCAACUGGAAGCAAAAAAGAAAAUGCAAGUUGACCUGGAGAAAGAACUACAAUCAUCUUUUAAUGAAAUAACAAAACUCACCUCCCUUGUAGAUGGCAAAGUUCCAAAAGAUUUGCUCUGUAAUAUGGAACUGGAAAGAAAGAUUACUGACCUCCAAAAAGAACUUAAUAAAGAAGUUGAAGAAAAUGAAGCUUUGCGUAAGGAAGUUAAUUUGCUCUCAGCAUUGAAAUCUUUACCCUCAGAAGUAGAAAUGCUGAGGAAAGAGAUGCAUGAUAAAUCUGAAGAACUUUGUAUAAUAACAUCAGAAAGAGACAAAUUGUUUUCAGAAGUAGUUCAAAAGGAAAGUAGAAUUCAAGACUUACUUGAAGAAAUUGGGAAAACUAAAAAUGACCUAGCAACUACCCAAUUGAAUUACGAAAACACUGAUCAAGAAUUCCAAGAUUUUAAAAAUCAUCAUAUUGAAUUUGAGCAAAAGUAUAAAAUGGUCCUUGAGGAGAAUGCAAGAAUGAAUCAGGAAAUAGGAAAUCUCUCCAAACAAGCUCAAAAACUCGGUUUAAGUUUGGAUGCUUUGAACACAGAGCUUGCUCCCAAAUCUGAAGAACUUCAGCCAAAAACAACUGAGAGUCAAAAAAGUUCAAAUGAAGUGGAAGAGCUGAAGGAACAAUUAGAAAAUAGAGAUUUGAGGCUGCAAACUAUGGAAAAGGAAAAAACAAUGAUCGCUGAGCAACUUCAACAAACUUUAGCAGAAGUAAGAACCUUAACCCAAGAAAAGGAGGACCUAAAACAACUCCAGGAGAGCCUGCACAUUGAGAGGGACCAACUCAAAAGUGACAUUCAGGAUACUGUAAACAUGAAUAUAGAUACCCAAGAACAAUUAAGAAAUGCUCUUGAAUCUUUGAAACAACACCAAGAAACAAUUAACACACUAAAAAUGAAAGUUUCUGAGGAAACUUCCAGGAGUUUGCAUACAGAGGAGAACCUAGGAGAAAGAGAAACUAAGGAUGCAUUCCAGGAAAAGAUGGUUGACACAAAUAAAAAACAGAAUUUGAAAGCUAAAAAUACUCAAGCACUGAUUGUGAAUGUUGAAGAUAAUGAGAUAACUGAGCAACAGAGAAAGAUGUUUUCUUUAAUACAGGAGAAAAAUGAACUGCAACAAAUGUUAGAGAGUAUUACAGCAGAAAAGGAACAAUUACAGACUGACCUAAGGGAAAAUAUUGAAAUGACUAUUGAAAACCAAGAAGAAUUAAGAAUUCUUAGAGAUGAACUUAAAAAGCAGCAAGAGCUCGUCGUACAAGAAAAGAACCACACCAUAAAGAAAGAGGAAGAGAUUUCUAGGACCUGUGAGAAAUUAGUAGAAGUUGAAGAAAAGCUAAAGGAAAAGAGCCAACAACUACAAGAAAAACAGGUACAACUUCUUAGUGUACAAGAAGAAAUGAAUGAGAUGCAGGAAAAGAUGAAUGAAAUGGAGAAUUUGAAGAAUGAAUUAAGAAACCAAGAAUUAACAUUGGGACGUAUAGAAAUGGAGAGGCUGGAGUUGGCUCAGAAGCUCCAUGAAAAUUAUGAGGAAAUGAAAUCCAUAACCAAAGAAAGAAAUGAUCUAAAGGAAUUACAAGAAUCAUUUGAAAUAGAGAGAGAGAAAUUUAAAGGAUACAUAAAAGAAAUUGAAGAUACAGGUCUAGAAACAAAAGAAGAACUAAAAAUUGCCCACGUGCAUCUUAAAGAACAACAAGAAACUAUUGACGAGCUAAGAAAAAACAUUUCUGAGAAGGCAGCUCAAAUAAUAAAUAUUCAGAAGCGUUUAGAAAAAUCCAAUACUGAAUUACAAGAAAAGAUCCCAGUGCUUCCUGAGGAACAGGAGCUACUGCGUAAUGUGAAAGAAGUCAGUAAUACUCAGGGAACAAUGGAUGAAGUGGAGCUGUUGGAAAAGCAGUCCAAAGCCAAGGAGUCAGUGACACCGGCAUGCACAGAAAUAGAAAGGAUCAAGUUGACUGAAAAACUUCCAGAAAGUCAUGAAGAAACAAAAUCUCUGACUGAGGAAAGAGACAACCUUCAAACGAUAAAAGAAGCGGUUCAGGUUGGACAAGAUCAGCGGCAAGAAGACAUUAGAGAAACGUUGGCUCAAGAUUCGCUUAAGAUCCAGGAUCCUCAAGACAAACAAGAUCAGUCCUUCAAUGUGAAAGAAAAGUACGAGGAGGCUGAGGAAAUUCUGAGUGAGCUGGAGCUACCGCAAGAGCAGCUCGAAGCUAGAGAGGCGGCACUGCCACGAGCCGGUGUGGAAAGGCUUGAGAUGGCGGAGGGGCUGCGAGAAGUUCUUCAGUCUGAAACUCACCAACUCAAAGAAAACAUGCGAGAAAUGACAGCUAUGUAUCUGGCAACUGAAGAGGAACUGAAAGUUGCUCGUUGUCACCUGAAAGAACAGGAGGAAACUAUUGAUAAGCUGAGAAUGAAUCUUUCCCAGAGGGAAACUGAACUCUCCAGCCUUCGAAAGGAAUUACAAACAACUAAUAAUGAAUUACAGAAAAAGAUCCAAGAGCUUCAUGAGAAACAGGAACAAUUUAUUAGCACCAAAGAAACCACUGAGAUGCAGGAAAAAAUGAGUGAACUGGAGCAAUUAAAGGAGCAACUCAAAGUCAAAGAUUCAUCAUUGCAAAGUAUAGAAAGUGAGAGGCUCAAGUUGACUGAGAAACUUCAGGAAAGUCAAGAUAAAAUAAAAAUUAUAAUUAAGGAAAGAGAUGAACUGAAAAGGGUGCAGGAGAUUCUUCAGAUGGAGAGAGACCAACUCAAAGAAAACAUUAAAGAAGCUGUAGCUGAAGAGUACCAACAAACCGUUAGUAUGAGGAAUAUUUCAAAGAAGACAGAACAAAAAGCAAAUAUUGAAAGAGAUGCAGAAAAUUCAGAUGCUGAAUCACAGGAAAAGAUUCCAGAACUUCAGGAAAAAGAACAUCAGCUUCUUAUGAUGAAAGCUGUCAGUGAGACUCAGGAAAAAAUAUGUGAUGUGGAAUACUUCAAGAACAAGUUUGAGGCCCAAAAGUCAAUUCUGGAAAAUACAGAAAUGGAGAAUGUAAGGUUAACUCAGAGACUUCAUGAAAACCUUGAAGAAAUGAGAUCUGUUAUCAAAGAAAGAGAUGAUCUUAGGAAUAUAGAGGAAACUCUCAAAGUAGAGAGAGACCAGCUCGAGGAAAACCUGAGAGAAACUGUAAUUAGAGAGCUGGAAAAACAAGAGGAACUAAGAAUUGCUUAUAUGCAUGUGAAAGAACACCAGGAAACUAUUGAUAAACUCAAGGGCCUUGUUUCUGAGAAGACAGAUGAAAUAUCAAAUAUACAAGUGGAUUUAGAGAACUCAAAUGCUGCCUUAAAAGCACAGAUCCAAGAGCUUCAGGAGAAGGAACAUCAACUUCUGAAGGUAAAAAAUGAUCUCAGAGAAAAUAUGGAUCAAACAGAGCAAUUGAAGAAGCAAUUAGAGACCCAGAAUUCAACCCUGGAAAGUGUAGAAACCGAGAAGUUAAGGUUAAGUCUGAAACUUCACAAAAACCUUGAAGAAAUAAAAUGUGUCACUGAGGAAAGAGAUGGCCUCAGAAGUGUGGAGGAAAUCCUUAGGAUGGAGAGAGACCAGCUCAGGGAAAGCCUCAGAGAAAAAGAAACUAAAGACCUGGAAAAACAAGAGGAACUAAGAAUUGCUUACAUGCAUGUGAAACAGCACCAGGAAACUAUUGAUAAGCUCAGAGGCCUUGUUUCUGAGAAGACAGAUGAAAUAUCAAAUAUGCAGUUGGAUUUAGAAAAUUCACAUGCCAAAUUACAAGAAAAGAUUCAACAACUUAAGGCAAAUGAACAGCAACUUUUUAAGUUAAAGGAAGAUGUCAGUGAAUCACAGAAGAAAAUGUCUGAAAUGGAGCGAUUGAAGAAACAACUUAAGACCCAAAGUUUAACUCUGGAUAAAAUAGAAAUGGAGAACUUAAAUUUGGCUCAGAAGCUUCACGAAAACCUUGAAGAAAUGAAAUCUGUAAUGAAAGAAAGAGAUAAUCUGAAAUUGGAGAGAGACCAGCUCCAGGCAAACCUACAGGAAACGAUAAGUAGAGAUUUGGAGACACAACAAAAACUAAAAAUUGCUCAUAUGCAUUUGAAAGAACACCAAGAAACUAUUGAUAAAUUCAGAGAGAGAGUUUCAGAAAAGACAACUCAGAUUUCAAAUAUUCAAAAGGAUUUAAAUAAAUCUAAAGAUGAGUUACAGAAGAAGAUACAAGAACUUCAGAAAAAAGAGCUUCAGUUUCUUAAAAUGAAAGAAGAUGUCAAUAAAACUCAUAAAAUUAUGAACAAACUGGAACAUUUGAAGCAGCAAUUUGAGGCCCAAAAUUUAUCUAUGCAAAGUGUGGAAAUGGAUAACUUAUACUUGACUAAGAAACUUCAUAAAAGCCUUGAAGAAAUAAGAAUUUUAGCUAAGGAAAGAGAUGAGCUAAGGAAGAUAAAAGAGUCUCUCAAAAUGGAAAGAGACCAAUUCAGAGAAAUCUUAAGAGGAAUGAUAGCUAGCGACCAACAGAACCAUAAAGAGGUAGUAAAAUAUGAAAAACAGUUACAAUGUAAUGAAAAACACUUCCUCACAGAAAGCCUAAGAGAAAAGUGCUCUAGGAUAAAAGAGCUUCUAAAGAGAUACUCAGAGAUGUAUAAUCAUUAUGAGUGCUUAAAUAGACUAUCCCUUGACUUGGAGAAAGAAGUUGAAACCCAAAAAGAGCUUUCAGCUAGAGUAAAAGCAAACCUCUCACUUCCAUAUCCACAAAUCAAACAAAUUCAAAAACUUCUCACCGCAAACCAAAGAUGUUCAAUGGAAUUCCACAGAGUCAUGAAGAAACUUCAGUAUGUGUUAAGCCAUGUUACAAAGAUAAAGGAAGAACAACAUGAAUCCAUCAAUAAUUUUGAAGUGGUUUUUAUUGAUGAAGUGGAAAAGCAAAAUGAAUGGCUAAUUAAAAUACAGCACCUUCAACAAGAUUAUGAUGUACCAACCAGAGAAUUAACGGACCUCAAGUUGAGCCAGAAUAUGGAUCUACAUAUUGAGGAAAUUCUCAAAGAUCUUUCAGAAAAUGACUUCCACUGCAUAAAGACUGAAUUUCAGCAAGUGCUGAGUAAUAGGAAAGAAAUGACCCAGUUUUUGGAAGAAUGGUUAAAUACUCAUUUCGAUAUAGAAAAGCUUAAAAAUGGCAUCCAGAAAGAAAAUGAGAAGAUUUGUCAAGUGAAUAACUUCUAUAAUAAUAAAAUAAUUGCUAUAAUGAAUGAAUCUACAGAGUUUGAGGAAAGAAAUGCUGCUGUAGCCAGAGAAUGGGAACAUGACCUGAAAUCAGUGAAAGAGAAAAAUGAACAACUAUUCAAAAACUACCAAACUUUGAAGAUGUCCCUGCCGUCUGGUAUCCUUGUUCAUUCUGCUACAGAGGACAAUAAGAAUCUUCAUGUUACAGCAAGAGCCACACACGCAGAGAAAAUUCAGGAGCUGGAAACUUCACUGCGUGAAGCUAAGGAAAGUGCUAAGUACAAGGAAAGCAAGAUUAUAAAGAUGCAGGAAGAACUUGAGAUGACUAAUGACAUAAUAGCGAAACUUCAAGUACAAGUUAAUGAAUCAAAUAAAUGCCUUGAAAAAACAAAAGAAAUGAUCCAAGUACUUCAGGACAAAGUUGCUUUAGGAGCUAAGCCCUAUAAAGAAGAAAUUGAAGAUCUCAAAACGAAGCUGGUGAAAAUAGACCUAGAGAAGAUGAAAAAUGCUAAAGAGUUUGAAAAAGAAAUUACUUCUACAAAAGCCACUGUAGAAUAUCAAAAAGAAGUUAUAAGGGUAUUGAGAGAAAAUCUGAGAAGAAAUCAACAAGCCCAAGAUACCUCAAUUGUGUCAGAAUGUACGGACUCUCAGCCUUCAAAUAAACCCUUAACUUGUGGAGGUGGUAGUGGCAUUGUACAGAGCACAAAAGCUCUUAUUUUAAAAAGCGAAUAUAUACGGCUAGAAAAAGAAGUCUCAAAGUUAAAGCAGCAAAACGAACAGCUAAUAAAGCAAAAGAAUGAACUAUUAAGCAAUAAUCAUCAUCUUUCCAAUGAGGUCAAAACAUGGAAGGCAAGAAUCCUUAAGAGAGAGACUCAAAGAGAAGUUAGUUGUGAGAAUUCUCCACAGUCUCCUAAAGUGACUAGAACACCUACCAAAAAGAGGCCACAUACACCUUCUCAAUGCAAAGAACGGAAUUUACAAGAUCCUGUGCCAAGGGAAUCACCAAAGUCGUGGUUUUUUGACAGCCGAUCGAAGUCUUUACCAACGCCUCAUCCAGUUCGUUAUUUUGAUAACUCUGGUUUAGGCCUUUGCCCAGAAGAACAAACUGCUGGAGCAGAGAGUGUGGGUCCUCAGCCAGCUCCGUGGCACACCUCCUCAGGAAAAGAUGCACCCGAGUGCAAAACACAGUAGACUCCUUUCCUAUUGCUUUUCUGGGGCCCCAGCAUUCCCUGCUUGGACAUGACUGUUUAUUCCUUCAUGUGCCUGUCCCUGGCAAUGUUAUCACAGCCCAACUUAAUCUCAAUUCAGUUUUCUUUUUGCCACUUGAAAUCGAAGAUGAAGGAAUAGAGAUUAAUGCCUUCCAGUAAUUUAGAAUGGUGAUAGCAAUAUCUUCUUGAAUGUGGUAAUACUUUAGAAGUUGAAUUGUUUGUAUUUAUUUAUAUAUUUUGUAAAGAAUAAAAUUAUUGAAGGAAUGUUCCAGUCUUUCCAUGUAUACAUAAAAUGUAUUCAUUUUUAUUAAUGUAAUGUUAUCCACAUAUGACUUAGAUAAUUCCAAGGCAUGAUGCAUACAUUAAAGUGUCAUUUAAUUAACAGAA